AUGGCACUUCGUAGGACGUCCAUUGCCGUCGCUGCGCUGGCUGCCAUGCUGGCACCACUACUUCUUCGAUUCCACCUCGCUUGGCUGAUGGCAAAUAUGUGCAUCUACGGGUGGCGCCUCGACACUGCGCAUUAUAGCGGACGCGAGCUGCAGCAGCAGACCCGCCUCGGUCGUCAGUUUUCGGCCUUCUGUCGCAAAACGGUGUUCCUCCCUGGAGCCAUAAGCCUGUGCAAGCGACCGUUUGAGCCGCAUGUACAGUCUCGCCUCCACCUGAACGUGACGUCUCUGAGCACGGAUCCUCCAGUCUACCUUCUCGACGGGCUUAUUUCACGCGCCGAGUGCGAACGCCUGUUGGAGCUGACCGAAGACGACCUCGAGCCGGGUCUUGUCGGUGGACGCCUACAGGCAUCCCGUCGUACCAACUCGCGGGUCUACAUAGUAAAACAUGGGGCAGACCAGUAUGCUGUUGGUAGCGCGCAGCCGAAUUCGAGCGUGGGUCGCCUUUCAUCCGGAGUCGACGCCUACAGCCAUCAACUCAUCAAGCGAAUCCAAUCCCGCCUCGCCGUCCUCUUUGACGUUCCCUCGGAAUACAUCGACUUGCAACGGCAUCGGACCCUGACAGGGCAAUUCUUCCGGCCACAUUUGGACUUUAUCUCCCACAGGCUCUUUGUCCCUUCGGGGCCAUACGUGUGGCAGGUUCUGAUGUACUGCAAUGACGUUGCUGAUGAUGCGGGAGGGCAGACGCGGUUUCCUUUGCUUGACCUGCAAAUGCGCCCGCAGAUGGGGCGUGCUUUAGCGUGGCCAUCCGCAUUUGAUGCAACGCUUGUAGCGGACACCAGGCUGGUGCACGAGUCGGUGAGGUUGAAGCGAGGGGCGAAGCACGCACUGUUUGCAACCAUAAGCACAGGGCCGCGUCGGCUGUGGGGAGGUUGGCUCGAGCACUGGGAGGAUUGGACUGACGACCGGGUGCUGGCAGCCGUUCGCUGGGUGUCGGCACAUAUUUAG